CAACACCACACCCACCGCCUCCCCCCCCCCGAACCAGCUUCUCGUUUGCACUCCCGCAUUCAGAUACCCCAAUUCCUACUCGACGACCAUCCAGCCAUGAGAGAGGUUAUUAGUCUGAACGUCGGCCAGGCCGGUUGCCAGAUCGCGAAUUCGUGCUGGGAGCUCUACUGUCUCGAGCACGGUAUCCAACCCGACGGCUACCUCACCGAGGAGCGAAAGGCCGCCCAGGACGACCAUGGCUUUAGCACUUUCUUCUCCGAGACGGGCCAGGGCAAAUACGUCCCCCGCACCAUCUACUGCGACUUGGAACCCAACGUCGUCGAUGAGGUCCGCACCGGCACCUACCGCGCCCUGUUCCACCCCGAGCACAUGAUCACCGGCAAGGAGGACGCCUCCAACAACUAUGCCCGCGGCCACUACACGGUCGGAAAGGAACUCAUCGAUCAGGUCUUGGACAAGGUCCGCCGCGUCGCUGACGGCUGCUCUGGUCUGCAGGGUUUCCUCGUCUUCCACUCCUUCGGUGGCGGCACUGGUUCUGGAUUCGGAGCGCUGUUGAUGGAGCGUCUUUCGGUGGACUAUGGCAAGAAGUGCAAGCUGGAGUUCUGUGUGUACCCUGCCCCGCAGGUUGCCACGUCUGUCGUCGAGCCCUACAACUCGAUUCUGACGACACACACGACUUUGGAACACUCCGACUGCAGCUUCAUGGUGGAUAACGAGGCCAUUUACGACAUUUGCCGACGGAAUUUGGGCAUUGAGCGUCCCAACUACGAGAACCUGAACCGCCUCAUCGCCCAAGUCGUCUCCUCAAUUACUGCUUCACUGCGAUUCGACGGCUCCCUGAACGUCGAUCUCAAUGAGUUCCAGACUAAUCUUGUCCCCUACCCCCGUAUCCACUUCCCUCUUGUCGCCUAUGCUCCGGUCAUUUCCGCCGCCAAGGCCGCUCACGAGGCUAACUCCGUUAUGGAAAUCACCAAUGCUUGCUUCGAACCCAACAACCAGAUGGUCAAGUGCGACCCCCGCAAUGGAAAGUACAUGGCCACCUGUCUUUUGUACCGCGGCGACGUCGUCCCCAAGGAUACCCACGUCGCUAUUGCCCACCUCAAGACCAAGCGAACUAUUCAAUUCGUUGACUGGUGCCCGACCGGAUUUAAGAUUGGUAUCUGCUAUCAGCCUCCGCAGAUGGUCCCCAACGGCGACUUGGCCAAGGUCAACCGUGCCGUCUGCAUGCUCUCCAACACGACCGCCAUCGCCGAAGCCUGGUCCGCCCUAUCCCACAAGUUCGAUCUCAUGUACUCCAAGCGUGCCUUCGUCCACUGGUAUGUUGGCGAGGGUAUGGAGGAGGGCGAAUUCUCCGAGGCUCGUGAGGACUUGGCUGCGCUUGAGCGCGACUACGAGGAGGUUGCGGCCGACUCGAUCGAGGGCGAGGAGGGUGCUGAGGCCGAGUACUAAACAAAAACACUGGAACGUAUCCCUAUGUUUUGGCGACGUGGCGCGGCGACUUGCAGUUCUGUAUUGUUGAUUAGUCGCAUGCUCUUUCCGUCGAGCAGCUCAACUCAGAUCUGCUUUGAUGGGAAAGCAUGCAACUCUUGGCGAUAGUGGUAAAGCGAUGGAGUUUUUUGUCAGUGUCAGUGUCGGUGUCGGGAACUGCAACUGCAACCGCAGCGCGGCAUAUGGAUUGUAGACUCUCAAAAGUGGGGCUGAUGGAGAGUGCAUUUUGAGAGUGUGACGAUGAUGGAAGGGUCUCUUCUUUUGUUUCUUGAUUCUCUAAUGCGUACUGGUACACUCAUCAAACAAAUUGUAUCCUGUUG